GCGCUCUCAACGGUCACAGAAGGAGAAGCCGUUAGAAAUGUUCAGUUAGGUCUCCAGGCGGAGACGCAGGACUCACGGCUGCUGGAAUACCCGCGUGUGUGUGUGUUUACGAGUUUUUUGUGUUUGUUUUUCUACUUUUUUUUGAACGGUGUGAAAUUUGAACAAAUGAAAGUGACGCUCAGAGCGGAGUAAACUACUUCUACACCAUGACCAGGACCGCCGCUUCGUCACUGCUGCUUCUGCUGCUCACCGCAUUAACGGGUUUAGGUGGGGCUUCAGAGCUGGCCUUCGUUAAAGAGCCCCAUGAUGUCAUCGCAGUGAGAGACCGCCCCUUGAUGUUGGACUGUGAGGUGGAGGGGGAGGGGCCUAUUACUAUUACCUGGCGGCGGAACGGUGUACCCAUUCCUAUGGGCACCAGAGUGACCGUGCUGGACAAUGGCAUGCUCCUGAUCCGAAACUUCCAGAAACGGCGUGAGAGCAACGAUACAGAUGCUGGAGAGUAUGAGUGUGCUGCUCAGAAUCGCUAUGGCUUGCUGAUUAGCCGCAAGGCACGAGUGCAGCUCGCAUCUCUUCCCAAGUUUCACUCCCACCCAGAGUCUAUGGCAGUGGAUGAAGGAGGAGUGGCCCGCUUUCACUGUGCCGUUAAUGGCAUCCCUGAGGCUAGCAUCACCUGGGAGAAGAACAGAACCACACUCAACACGGAUGAUGACAGGUACACUCUGCUGCCUAACGGUAUUCUGCAGAUCACUGGUGUGCGUCAAGCAGAUAGCGGAUUGUAUCGUUGUAUGGCCAAAAAUAUUGCAAACACACGUUACAGUCAUGAGGCCCAGCUCACUGUCACUGUGGCGGCUGCUCGUGCAUAUAAGGAGCCAGUGAUUCUCUCUGGUCCUCAGAAUCUCACUAUUAAUGUUCAUGAGACUGCCAUUUUAGAGUGCAUUGCCACAGGCAACCCAAGACCCAUUGUGUCCUGGAGCAGACUUGAUGGCCGUUCUAUCGGAGUGGAGGGGAUUCAAGUGUUGGGCACAGGUAAUCUGAUGAUCUCUGACGUCUCCCUCCAACACUCUGGAGUGUAUGUGUGCUCAGCCAACAGACCCGGAACUAGGAUGAGGCGUACCGCACUGGGUAGACUGGUGGUGCAAGCUCCUCCAGAGUUCCUGCAGUGGCCGCAGUCUGUAUCCAAACCACUCGGAAGCAGUGCAGUGUUUACCUGCCAGGCUCAGGGAGUACCAGAGCCUCACCUUAUUUGGCUGAAAAAUGGCAAGAUCCUCACACCUGGUGAUAAUGUCAAACUCACCAACAACAACAGCACUCUGGCUGUAACUCGGAUCACUGCUGAGGAUGAGGCCAUAUACCAGUGCAUAGCAGAGAACAGCGCUGGCACCAACCAGGCUAGUGCGCGCCUGGCUGUGUCCCAAUCCACCGACCUCCCAGAGGCUCCACAGGACCUUGCAGCCACACCACUCUCACCUACCUCACUACAGCUGCGCUGGAGCAAGCCUGAUGCACAUGUGACCAACAGCAUCAUUGGAUAUGUGCUGCAUAUCCGCAUGCUUGGCGAGCCAGAUAGCAAAGAGCUACAAGAGGCAGUGAGUAAGGACACUUUCCAGCAUGACUUCAACAACCUGGAACCAGCAACCACCUACUCAAUCUAUGUUAAAGCCUACUCUCCACUGGGAGCUAGCCAGCAAUCUAAUACUGUUAUUGCCACAACACUAGGAGGCGUUCCCACCAUGCCCAGUUUCUUCACUAAAGUGCUGAACAGCACAGCGAUGCAGGUGUAUUGGGAGCUGCCAAGUAAACCGGGGAAGGUGGAGGGCUUUAAGCUGUCUUACCGCAUGGUACCUCAGGAGCAGUUCAGACCAGAGGAGCGCUUUCCCGGCCACAUCAACACACACACCAUCUCACACCUCGAGCCUGCAGCAGUAUAUGAGAUUCAACUGGUAGCGUUUAAUGGAAAUGGAGACAGCAUCAGCAAUAAGCGCCUUGUUUCACUGGCUGAAAGUGGAACAGACAGCAGAAACAAUGCUGAAGGCCAUAGCGUGUGUAACUGCAGGCAGAAUGGAGAAGGCUCCAUGACCAGCAUAGUGGUUGGCAUCCACAUUGGAAUGGCCGGCAUCAUCUUCUGUGUGCUCUUACUCAUGUUUGCAUACCGUCGCAGUUUGUUCUGCAGAAAGGGUACUCAGGUUGACUGGAGUGUGUCACAGAGAGGAGCAGGGCCUCUGGGAGAGAUAGUGCCUAAAGAAGGAGUUAUCCGCAUCUCUGAGGCUGUAGAGCUAAUGCCACAGUCUCAGGAAAGGGCAGCAGAGCACCAGAAUGCAGGGCCACACUGCCACGUCCUUAUUGAGCAGCAGCUGAGCAGCCCACCAGACAGUACAACGGGCACAAACACUGGCACAGGCUAAAUACCUACACUCUCAUUACCCCCUCUAUAUUUACCCCUCCCACUAUAAAAGCAGUUCGUAGCCCCUCCAUCUCACUUUACUCACCAAAGCCUUACUCCAGCCUGCCACUGCCUCUGAAGAUUAACAGUCUGCCUCAAAUGCAUGCAUUGUAGGGAUAGUCUUAUCCAGUUGGAUUUUUUUUUUACUGUCUGUACCUCUCACUGAAAGUUCAAAAGAGACUCUUCUAGUACUCUGGCUAAUGAAUGUAAAGAUAUCAAGCAUUUUAACUUAAUUUUAAAGACUUUGCUGCCUUCAGCCCACUUCUGGUCAUAGUCCUGGUCUUUGACCACAUUCAUAUAGCAUCUAAUGUGACAGUUAUAGAACCUUUUCAUAAAACACAUUAGAAGGUUAAAGCUGCAUUUUCAUGAUU